GUCAUUCGAUAAUUAUUGACAUUUGUCAUUUUUCAACUGAUUUACAAUUAAUGUCAUUUUGCGCGCAGAGCUCAAAUGUUGCGUGAGUUUUAAGUUGAUUUUUUUCGUAUAUGUAAAGUUGUAAAAUAUAAAUAAACACUAAUUACUGAAACAAGCGGAACUAUCGCAAACAUGACUCAUUCCUCAGGAUCAUCAGGUAGUCUGAGGAGUGGAGUUAUUGACUUCACUGCUGGCUCUCUAGGUGGUGUAGCUGUUGUAUAUGUGGGCCAACCUUUAGACACUGUAAAAGUAAAAAUGCAAACAUUUCCACACUUGUACAAAGGAAUGUAUGAUUGUUUGAAAACGACUUUGAGGAAUGAUGGCAUCAUACGUGGUUUAUACGCGGGCACAACGCCGGCAAUCAUGGCGAAUGUGGCAGAAAACUCUGUACUUUUUGCAGCUUAUGGUUACUGUCAAAAAUUCGUAUGCAGAGUCAGCGGAGUCGAGAGUGUAGAUCAGCUGUCUGCACUGGGUAACGCGUCGGCUGGAUUCCUAGCGGCUUUCUUUUCCUCGUUCACACUGUGCCCCACCGAGCUGAUCAAGUGUCAACUGCAGGCUAUGAGAGAAGUCAAUGUUCAAAGCUCACAGACAGCUAUUAAAGUGACGCCUCUUCAACUUACCCAACAAAUCUUUAAACAAUACGGAAUCCAAGGCCUUUUUAGGGGUCUUGUCCCGACGAUUAUGAGGGAGAUGCCUGGAUAUUUCUUUUUCUUUGGAGGGUAUGAAGGCACCAGAGAGCUUCUCGCAAAGCCUGGACAAUCUAAGGAUGAUAUAGGUUUUGUGAGGACAAUGAUUGCUGGAGCCGUUGGAGGUAUUGUGUUAUGGACCGUCAUUUUCCCUACCGAUGUUAUCAAGUCUAGAGUACAAAUAUCAAAUAAAAGUCAGAAGUUUUUAACUGUCGGCUAUGAAAUUGUUAAAAAAGAAGGAGCAUUAGCCCUAUAUAACGGGUUAAAACCAACAUUGGUCCGGACAAUCCCUGCGACAGCAGCACUAUUUGUCGUUUAUGAAUAUUCAAAGAAGUUCAUGCAUCAAGCAUUUGGUGACUAAUAUCUAGUUUAUUUAUAAACUGUUAUAUUUUAUAAUAUAAGAUUAUAAUAAAUGUUUUUGAAAAGUAUAA